AUGAAUGCUUCCCAUGCAAACUCUAGUGGAGUAUCGAACUUAAACCCUAGCACGGCCGAUAAGGGUGUCUUGGGCAAUCAGCUUGGUGUGCAAGGAAGUCAGAAUGUUCGUAGGGAUUCAGGUAAGUCUCUGAUAUCUUACGCGGAUUCUAUUUGGGUGUCUAGUGCCAGAAAGGUCAAUUUUAGAACGCUUGCAAGUCCGGUAGAGCAGGAGGGUUGUGAUGUAGUUCUGCCGAAAGAAUCUGUUAGGGUUGUUAAAGAUAAGCUUGCUAAUACGUUAUAUGGAUACUUUCUUGGUGAUCGUGUUGCCUACCCGGUAGUCGAGUAUUUCGUGAGGAAUAACUGGAAGAAAUUUGGCCUCCAAAAGUCUAUGAUGAAUGCUAGUGGUUUUUUCUUCUUUAAGUUUGCUGAUGAAAAUGGUAUGAUGAAUGCUAUGAAAGAAGGUCCUUGGAUCAUUCGUUCACAACCGCUUUUUCUUAAUGUAUGGUCUCCAUCUUCGAAACUGGAAAAGAAGGAAGUUAAAACUGUGCAACUUUGGGUUAAAAUUCACGAGGUUCCUCUUGCGGCAUAUACAGAGGAUGGUUUAAGCAUGAUUGCAACGGCCAUUGGUAACCCAAUAGCUUUAGACACGUAUACUACCUCAAUGUGCUUAGAUUCUUGGGGUCGGAGCAGCUUUGCGAGAGCUCUAGUCGAAAUCUCGGCAGACAAUGACUUCAAAGAGGAAAUUGUGAUUGCAGUUCCAGAUUUGGAAGGGGAUGGGUUUGUUAAGGAAAAGAUGUAUGUGGAGUACGAAUGGAGCCCUCAUCGAUGCUCUCUUUGCAAGGUCUUUGGGCAUAACGAUGGGGAUUGUCCGAGGCAAAUCAGGCAGGUUACGAAGGCUCCGGCCAUUGUUCCAAAAGCUCCUAAAGUUCCUAAUUCUAAAGGGCCUUCGAAAAAACCAGCGGUAGACAAAGACGGGUUCAUGGAUGUGGAUGCUAGGAAAACGGCAAAGAGAACGGGGUUUCCGGUUAACAAACAAAAACAGAAAUUUGAGUACCGUCCGGUUGGGUUAAAAACCAGUGGAGAGCCUAAUAAAUCAGCCCCAACGUCGAGUUUCUUUUCAAAUAACCCCUUUGACGUGUUAAAUGAUUCGAGGAAUGACCAUGAAGCUGGUGGAAGCGGAGUAGGGGAUAUGAAAGAUGAUUCGGACGAUGACGAGGUCCAGGAAGUCUACAACGAGACGGAUGAUUUUCUUGUUAAUGAUGCGAGGAAACCUGUAACUAAACAAGGGGCAAGCACUCCUUUUUCAGCGGUUAAUAAUGAGUCGCAUGUUGAUGUUAGUAGACUGAGUCAAGUGUGCAGAUCUGUGUUUCGCUCAUGGGAUUGGACGUCUAAUGGAGCUCGAUGUAGCAAAGGUACUAGGAUCAUUAUAGGAUGGAAUCCAGCUGUUUUUGAUGUUAUGGUGUUGUCUCAGACUGAUCAGGUUAUUCAUUUACAACUCUUCUUCAAGAAAGAUAACAAAAUAGCUUUUUGUUCGGUUGUUUAUGCGGCUAAUUAUUAUGUGACUCGAAGGGAGCUAUGGCACCAUCUUUCUAUGCACAAAAGUUUUGUUGGCGAUAAUCCAUGGGUUAUUAUGGGAGAUUUCAACUCAGCGUUAAACUUAGAGGAUAAAUCGGUGGGGGCUUCUUCGGUUACUCGUAGUAUGAUAGAGUUCCAAGAGUGUGUAGAUGAUCUCGAAAUGCUUGAUAUUAAUCGAACCGGUCUUCAUUUCACAUGGAGUCAGAAGCCGAAAAAGGGAAUUGGUUUACUAAAGAAGAUUGAUAGAGUUCUCGGUAAUACCCCCUUCGUAACCAAGUUUCCGAAUGCUGUUGCUUUUUUCCAGCCGUAUCGUCUCUCGGAUCAUUGCCCGUGUGUUUUAAAGCUCCCAGAUGCAGAUAUCUUGAAACAUCGGUCAUUUAAAUUUGCAAAUUUUCUUGUUUUUAAACCUGAAUUUCGUGAUAUUGUGAAGAGGGUGUGGGAUACUAGAAUAAAUGGAGUGCACCAGUUCUGCGUUGUUAAACGUCUUCGGCUUCUAAAGAAGCCUCUCCGUGCACUGUUAUUUAAGCAAGGUAACUUGCAUAAAAAAGUUGAGGCUCUCCGAGAGAAGCUUGAUGUCAUUCAGAAUUCUAUUGAUAAACAGCCGGAUAUUGCGAGGCUUCGGGUUGAGGAAGCUACUUUAAGUGCUGAAUAA